AUGCGUCUUUUAAGCGUUAGAUCCUCGGCACUUCAUAAAAAAGCUUUCGCUCACUCGAGAAAGUUUUCUUUGUCCCAGACGACAAGGUCCCGACCACUGGUAAUUAGAGAGUGCCUCGGUAGAAAAUCAGCUAACGUCUUGAACACAGGCUCAAUUAGUUUCAUCCAUUUGGUCCUACAAUCGUCCUUGUCUGAAUACCAGUUCCCCUCAACAUAA